GUUUUGUGACACACACAUCCACAACGCUACCGACACACAGCUUAUAAACCAGGGGCAAGUAUGUACAAAAGAAACUACAAAUGACUAUUAUUGUUUAGUGAAAAGCUCCGUUUCUACACAAAGUCAGGAGAGCACAACGCGAGUAAGUGUCAUAAGGAGCGUUUCUCAUUUCCCCAUGCACGUCUUCAAGCUUUCAUGGCGCCACCAAGAAAGAGGGCAUUACCCAAACCACUACCAGAUGGCUUUAUACUGACUGAUAAUGAGAAGAAGAAAUGGAGGCUGGGCAAGAUCAUCGGUCAAGGUGGCUUUGGACUGAUCUAUCUCGCCUCGCAGGACGUUGACAGCCCCGUCGCAGCAGACUCUGAUUAUGUGAUAAAAGUGGAGUACCAUGAGAACGGCCCCUUGUUCUCGGAGCUCAAGUUCUACCAGAGGGCAGCCAAACCAGAGAGCAUACAGAGAUGGAUGAGAAGCAGGAAACUGGACUUUCUGGGCAUCCCGUACUACUGGGGAUCAGGGCUCGCUGAACAUAAUGGACUCAGGUAUCGCUUCAUGGCCAUGGACCGACUGGGCACUGACCUUCAGAAAGUCUUUGAGCAUCACGGAGGUCGGCUGAAGAAGGCCACUGUGCUGCAGCUCGGGCGACGACUGGUGGAUGUUCUGGAGUAUAUCCAUGAUAAUGAAUAUGUCCAUGCAGACAUUAAAGCUGCCAAUCUGAUGCUGGGACAUCAAGACCCUGAAAAGGUCUACCUGGCAGACUAUGGCCUGUCCUACCGGUACUGUCCCGACGGAGCCCACAAAGAGUACAAGGAAAACCCCAAGAAGGGCCACAAUGGAACCAUCGAGUACACCAGUGUGGAUGCACACAGAGGAGUGGCUCCGUCGAGGCGAGGGGACCUGCAGAUCCUGGGUUUCUGUCUCCUCCACUGGCUGUGCGGGUCGCUGCCCUGGGACGACGUCCUCAGCCGGCCAGCUGAGGUCCAGGAGGCCAAGGCCAGACUGAUGGAUAAUCUGCCAGGCUCGGUCCAGCAGCUGUCAGUGAGCGGAGCCAGCACAGACGAUGUGGCCAUAUUCCUCCUUUAUGUGAAAUCUCUGGCUUACCAUGACCGUCCAGACUACCAGAAGCUCAAGGAGCUGCUGGGCAGCAGCGACAAGGGAAGGCUGGACUUUUACAGGCCUGAGGAUAAACCUGCAGGACGUCCGGCACACAGUCCUCCCGCCAGCAGCAAGCAGAAGGCAGAGCGAGCCAGAGGGUCUUCCAAACCCAAGCCGCCGCCCGCGGAGCAACACGACAGAGAGGAAGAGGAGACGAAGCCCAGACCAGUGCCAUCUCGCUACAUACGAGGACCGCCUCUUCCUAAACCUCAGGCUCAACAGGCAGGGAAAGGCAGACCGAAGGCUGAACCUAUGGAGGUUUAUGAUGAUGAUGACGAUGACGUGAGUGAAGAUGAUGAUGAUGAUGAUGAUGAUGAGGUUGAGGAUGAAGAACCGAGACCCAAACGCAUUGAUCCGCGCUACCUCAGAGGGCCGCCGAUAGGCCCAAGAUCCCCGAAGAAAGAGGCGAAAACUAAACCCAAGCGGCCCGACAAGAAAAUGGACGACCACCUUGCCGUAACAUCAGGGCGACAGGAAGUCAAACGUCUUCAGCUGCGCAGAAAAACCCACACGGCGAUACCCAGUGACCACAGGAGCCAAAAACACAUCGACGACAUGGAAAGAUGGGACAGACUGCAGUUUGACCACAUGGGCGACUGCAGUCCGGCUCACGGCAGAGACCACAGACGGGGCGACGACGGCGGUGAUCGGUGGGCUAAACAGGGGCAGUGCUUGGGGUCUCUUCUCAAAGGCUUGGGACAGGAAGCUUGUCCCAAAGAGAGGAGCGGACUCCUCUACUGCUCUGUCUUCGUGGGCGUUUUCCUCUUCCUGGCUGUUGCUGUCGCCUUUCGCUAACCAACAGCACUGGUAUCGUUUCUCCUUUCCUCAACUAAAAGGCGUUUUGAGCACCGUCUCUCUUUGAAUUUGUUCUAAUUAUACGGCAAGUAGCAUUUGAUUUUUUCAGUCUUUUUAGCUGGCAUUCUUAUCCACAGUGGCGUUUGCCUUGAUCAAACCUGAGACUGGUUAUGGACUCUUUAUGUCUCCAUCUGCGGUUUAGAGGAUCAAAGACUCCACUUCAAGACUUCUGUGCUGCCAUCUUCACAGUGAUUGGCUGCAAGAAAGGCAGAAUAAUUUUUUUUUUUUUUUUUUAUAUUUCACCAAAUGUAGCUUUCUGAUCUCCUAAACAUUACAACUGAGGUACAGACUUAAGUCUAUUGGGCCCAUGAAAAUUUCAUUGCAGUUAAAAGUGUUUUGAAUAAUCACUUCACAAUAAAGUGGGUGCUCACUUCUUUCACAACUGUAGCUGUACUUACGUGAAGGACUGACAAAUAUGCUUAAACAAAAUACAUAUCCAACUCUGUCUGACUUCUAAUUAAUAGUGCACUGCAUUCAGUAUUAGUGUACUUUACUUUAUCACACCGCAAAUACUGACUGAAUGCGCCGCGCUGCUCUGGAUGCACUCGGGGCAGCCUUUUUAGAAAAGGGAAGGCUGCGCGAUGUGUAGAACUGGGCUAAUUAAGCCAUGAAUAUCCAUUGACUCUCGGAGGAGUGAAGGCCCUUGUGAAGCACUGUGAAGAAUGCUGUCAGUUACGCUGCGAGGUGCAUACCUUGCUGCAGUAAGGACACUCUCCAAAAACAAUGCUGAAGCUUUGCCUGCUGGAAGGGAGCGCUCGCAGCCACUGGAGGAGAAAGAGACGGAGAGAGGAGAAGAAAGGCUACCUCAUUUCUAAUCAUCACCUUGGAUCUAGUAUGUCAGUGUCAAGUGAUAAUAAUGCUUGUUUGAAUAUACACUUAUUACUGUACAUUUUGAAGGGUUAUUCAGCAUUAUACAACACUUUUGGCGUGUGUGCUUUCAUGUGUAUCUUUAUGUAUGCUGUGCUCUUGGCCACUUUCUUUUAAGCUUUAAAAAAAAAGAGAGAGAGAGAGAGAGACUGAUUUAAAGCUCAGUAUAUCUAGCCUCAUUGAAUACAGAACACAUAAACAAAGUGAUCCUUGCUCAAGCAGAUGGAAAAAAAGGCCAGAGGCUUAUUUUUUUUUGUGUCUGUGUUGUGAAGCAGCACAGGUCCACCUUCAUGAUCCCUCUCUUCUCCCAGCUCAGUGACAAGCAGAGAGCCCCGCCUCUCUCUGUAGGACCGAGCCAGCGAUUGAACCCCAGACCCUCAGAGGGCUCACACUCCUCUGGUGCAUCAACAACACAUACUCUUAAUAAAAAGAAUCUGACUGCUACUGUAAACAGCCCAGUUUGACUGAUAUAGGUUUUCAGCAGACGAUGCCAACAAUAUUUAUGAUUAUAUUUAGUUUCUCAAAAUUUUACCUACAUUUUUGUAAGUUUAGUUGUUUGUAGUCGACCACUGGACACUGCAAUCUGAUCAAAAUGCCACAAAAAGCGAUUCAAGUCUUGACUUACACUAAACUAAGUAAACCAGCGCACCACUACUUAUUUACUUUACUUUAAGUACACUCCAUUCACCUACCCUGCAGCACCUUCUCUAACUGAUACAAACUUCAAGUCUUUCCUCAGACUGCCAGUUCAAUAUUGAUCAACUGUAUAAUAUAUAUGUAACUAAUCAGACUACAUCAUAUCUGUCGUAUUAGUGGUGGAAAGCAGUGACUGUCCACUUUCCAUUUUCUAGUAUUUAAAGGCACUGACCAUGCAUGAUAUAACCUAACAGUAACUUGUUGCUCAAAGAAACUGAGCAAUUUUUUACUUGCUUUGUUGUGUAACUUUUGAUCUGCACUGAAUCGAAUGUAAUUCACAAUCACCAAUAAAAAUGCACUGUGAAAGGCUGA